CAGAUCUGAAUCCCUCAGUGUAGUGACUAUAGCUACGUCAGCCUCACAGGUGUAAAGAGAAUUUUUUAAAACUCCCUUUACCUUUACCCUUUCUUCCUUGGCUGGACAAAGUCCAGCCAAGUUCAUUUAUAAACCACUCAAAGCUCAUUAACACGACCAAGCAUUUCAGCGAGUUCCCUUCCCACUUUUGUUACUGCAGGAAGGCACUCCGCACGGAUAAAAUUGUGAAACAUGGCUGAGGAUAAAGGCAAGAGAGAUUCCAUUGGAAUGAGUAUGAAGGGAGGCCAGACAAACAACGGGUUUGUACAAAAUGAAGACAUCCUGGAGACGGACCCGGAGCCAGGCAGCCCAGAGGACGGCCCACAGCACAACGCCGUGGACAUCUUUGGCCCUGCGGAGCCCGAGUGGAAGGAUGUCCGGCCGUACGCGGGGAUGCCCAAGGAGGUGCUGUUCCGCUUCUCGCGCCAGGCCCGCUACCGGGUGCCCCGGGAGGUCCUCUUCUGGCUCACCGUGGCUUCUGUGCUCGUGCUCAUUGCGGCCACCAUAGCCAUCAUUGCCAUCUCUCCGAAGUGCCUGGACUGGUGGCAGGCGGGGCCCAUGUACCGGAUCUACCCGAGGUCUUUCAAAGACAGCGACAAGGAUGGGAACGGAGAUCUAAAAGGUAUUCAAGAUAAGCUAGAUUACAUCACAACUUUAAAUAUAAAAACUGUUUGGAUUACUUCAUUUUAUAAAUCAUCCCUUAAAGAUUUCCGACAUGGUAUUGAAGAUUUCCGAGAAAUCGAUCCCAUUUUCGGAACAAUGAAAAAUUUUGAGAAUCUGGUUGCAGCCAUACAUGAUAAAGGUUUAAAAUUAAUCAUCGAUUUCAUACCAAACCACACCAGUGAUAAACAUGCUUGGUUUCAAUGGAGUCGGAACCGGACAGGGAAAUAUACUGAUUAUUAUAUCUGGCAUGACUGUACCCGUGAAAAUGGCAAAACCAUACCGCCCAACAACUGGUUAAGUGUAUAUGGAAACUCCGGUUGGCACUUUGAUGAAGUACGAAACCAAUGCUAUUUUCAUCAGUUUAUGAAAGAGCAACCUGAUUUAAAUUUCCGCAAUCCUGAUGUUCAAGAAGAAAUAAAAGAAGUUAUACAGUUUUGGCUCUCAAAGGGUGUCGAUGGCUUUAGCUUCGAUGCUGUUCAAUUCCUUCUAGAAGCAAAGCAUCUGAGAGACGAGGCCCAAGUGAAUAAGACCCAAAUCCCGGACACAGUCACUCACUACUCGGAGCUGUACCAUGACUUCACCACCACACAGGUGGGAAUGCACGACAUUGUCCGCAGCUUCCGGCAGACAAUGGACCAAUACAGCAGGGAGCCUGGGAGAUACAGGUUCAUGGGGACUGAAGCCCAUGGAGAGAACAUUGCCAAGACCAUGAUGUACUAUGGUCUGCCUUUUAUCCAAGAAGCAGAUUUUCCCUUCAACAGUUACCUCGGUAACCUAGACAUGCCUUCUGGGAACAGUGUGUUUGAGGUUAUCACAUCGUGGAUGGAAAACAUGCCAGAAGGAAAAUGGCCUAAUUGGAUGACUGGUGGACCAGACAAUGACCGGCUGACUUCUCGUCUGGGGAAACAAUAUGUCAACAUCAUGAACAUGCUUGUGUUCACACUGCCUGGAACUCCCAUAACUUACUACGGGGAAGAAAUAGGAAUGAGAAAUAUUUUAGCCACAAAUCUCAAUGAAACCUAUGAUGUUGAUACUCUUCUCUCAAAGUCACCAAUGCAGUGGGACAAUAGCUCAAAUGCUGGUUUUUCUGAAGGCAAUCAUACCUGGUUACCCACCAGUUCAGAUUACCACACUGUGAAUGUUGAUGUCCAAAAGACUCAGCCCAGAUCAGCACUGAAGUUAUAUCAAGAAUUAAGUUUGCUUCACGCCAAUGAGCUGCUCCUCAGCAGGGGCUGGUUUUGCUACUUGAGGAAUGACAACCACUCUGUUGUGUACACAAGAGAGCUGGACGGCACAGACAGAGUCUUCCUCAUGGUUCUGAAUUUUGGAGAAUUAUCACUGCUAAAUCUAAAGGAAAUGAUUUCAAAUAUUCCCACAAGAGUAAGGAUAAGGUUAAGUACCAAUUCUGCCUACAAAGGCCGUGAAGUUGAUACACAUGCCAUUACACUGGACAAAGGAGAAGGACUCAUCCUUGAAUACAACACGAGGAAUCUCCUUCAUCACCAAACAGCUUUCCAAGACAGAUGUUUUGUUUCCAACCGGGCAUGCUAUUCCAGUGUACUGAACAUACUGUACAGCUUGUGUUAGGCACCUCUGUGAAAGAGAUGGAGACGCUGGCAUUCUGUUCUAUUGUAAGCAUUUGCAGUAACUUCACGUACAGCAGCAUGCUGCUGGGUGAACUUUAUGAGCAGUAAUUAAUUUUUAGAUAUUUCUGUAGCUUGAGUGAAACUGCUUUAGGAAAGGUUCUCAAAUGUUUUUCAAGAAUAAUGAAGUGUUUAAAAGAAAAUUAUCCCUUGCAGGAACUUGUAAUUUUUUUGAGUUAGCAUCAAUAAGAGAUGAUCAGAGCACCUCAGGACUCCAGAAUAUUAAAGAGAUCUAAUGAAUUUUAAUGUGAGGAAUAUCUUCUUCUUCCAUAAAAUGCAGGUACAGAAAUUGGAGGAUCACUUAACUGCUAGAGUAUCUAAAAAUGUUCACUAGCAAAGAAGCAGGACCUUGAUUUGUAAACUGUUCAAAGAAAAUCAGAGUAAAACAAACCUGUUCUGAUGCGGGAAAGGGGAAAGUUCUGCUGUCACCAAUCCUUCCUUCACUCCCUUCUCUAUGUCCUUCUACAGAGCAUGGUGUGAAAACUACUUUCCUAGGUUAAGGGGCAUGUGCAUCAAUGGAGACAAUGGUAUAAGCAAGUGAGCUGUAUACAAAACAAAAUCUGGAUGGAGAAACAAAUUUUAAAAAAUUAUUUACUAACUUAAAAAACUCACUUUUGUUAAUGUAACUGGAAAUACGACUAUGAAAUAUUUCAGUGUGUUUCCAAUUUCCAGUGAAUGCAGCAUUUCAGAAUUUUAGAUAUUUCUUAAGAUUCUCGAAAACACUGGUGCUGUCAAGUCCAAGUUCCUCGUACAGGAAUUUAAUUUGGGCUGUAAUCUAAAAGGAACACAUUAAAAAAAUUAGAUAGAAGGCCUUUGUGGUAAAACUCCAGUGUUCAAGUCUCUCCUUGUCCAUCCAUCUUCACCUAACCCUGAAGUCAGCAAUUUAUGGCAAAGGUAUUUUUUAUUUGGCACAGAGGCAGAAGGCUCCCAACAACUGAGAUUCAACUACUUUCUCUGACAGAGCUCACUUAUCAAGUACCUUUUCUCUUUAUUGACUCUGAGUUCCUCCUUCCCCCUCAGGUCUCAGCCAUAGACCUGACAGUUGGUGAAGCAGCCGGCACAAACCCUGCUGCAACCACUGAAAGGCCGAGUACAACACAUCACUAAUUGGGGAUCUGUCAACUUAGAGGGGCUUGAUAGCAUACCUUUUUGUGAGAAUCCUCAAUCACAUGAUUGCCUCCAGGCUGAAUAUCUAAAAUAAUACUGGGGGCUUGAUAACCUGAAAGAGUUAACAUAUGAAACAAUUAGAAGGUUUUCGGCCGAGACCCACCCAUUUCACCCGGCUCCUUCCAAGCACUCUGUUAAAAUAAUAGUGAAGGAGAAAGGCAUAAACCAUCACCACCACCAACAACAACAAAGACAGGAGAGGUGGGGAGAGCAGUAGAAAACAAAUUUUUGAAACAGGAAAAGCAGGAGGAGGACCAGAGGCAGAGGAAGCUGGAUGGAAGAGACUACAGGGCUACAUGGAGAAGGAAGCCAAUCGGUCUCAUGGAAUCUGAGAGCCUUGUGACCUGGAAACACCAACUAUAGCAAUGGGUGAGAGUGAGACACAGAACUGAAUACAGGGCAACUGUCUGGAAACUUGUAUGUGAGACCCUCUGACCCUGAGCCCAGAAGGUCCUGGCAUGUCUUGGCAAGGAAAAAUGGUUAAGAGUUCUUGUCUAAUAAAAUUGAAAGAUCUAGAGAAAAUUAAA